AUGGUAAUGGUGUCGAAGGACAUAAAGAAAUUUGUGUUGGAUGAUUCCAACAAGAUUUCUAAAGUAGCUUCGUCAUAUAUUUUAGAUGAGGUAUCGGUAAUGGAGGAAAUUAUAAGCAAACUAAUAGCGGAGAGAGCGGAAGCUAGAGGUAGGGGGAAGGAAUGCAGAGCAUUGGUAAAAUUAAUGGCGGUAAUGCCUAGUAUAACUAAUACAGCUGUACCACAGGCUAGUGUGAAUAGUAAGGUGAUGCAGCCUGUUGUAAAACAAAAAGUGGAGGUUAAGACAUUUGCGGUAGCAGUAAAGAGCGAUAAAGGAGAGAAAGUAGAAGAGAUAAUGAAGAAGGUAGAUGAAAUGAGUAGGGAUUUGAAGACGGUGAGAGUAAGGACGGUAAGAAAAAUAAAAGAUGGGGUAGUUAUAGAGGCAGCAACUCAGGAAGAUGCUGAGAAUAUAAGGACAAAAAUUAAAGGAAAAAAUUUAAAGAUAGCGGAGGCAAUAAAAAUAAAUCCGAAGGUAAUUGUAUUUGAUGUGCCAAAAGAAAUUACUGAUGCGGAGUUAUUGGAAGAUUUGUAUAACAAAAAUGGAAUGUCGAGGGUAACGGUGGAAUAUUUUAAUAAUUGGGUUAAAGUAGAUGGUCGGAAGAGAAUGAGGCAUGAUUUGGAUAAUGUGAUAUUAAGUUUGAACGAUGAGAUUGCGGAAUAUUGGAUAGGAAAAGGAUAUGUGUAUGUAGGAUGGAGGUCUUGUAAAGUAAAGGAGGUAGAUAUUGUUAAGAGAUGUUUUAAAUGUUGCAGUGUGCAUCAUAGGGCAGAUCAAUAUAUGGAUGAUGUAAUUAUAAAAUUAACACAAGUACAAACACAAAGUCAAAGUAUAAAUAAAGAAAAUUCAGACUUGCCUAGCGAGCAUGUUGAUGGGCAGAGCGUAACAGAUUCUGUUAUUAUAUCAGGUGAAGAAACACCAGCAGGAACUGACAAUAAAGUAAGCAAAAUAGUGAAUAAUGAAUAUAUAGAAGCUAGUCAAAGAACAAUUGGAAAUGAAGCUACAAAAGUUUCAAGUGAAAGUCUUGCUCAAUUUUCUGCAGCUAAAGAAAUUAUAAUAAAUAUGCUCAACUCUUCUAAAGAGAGUACAAAUCGUAAAAAAGCAGCUAUAGAAGCCUUAGAAAUGAUGACCAGUGCAUUUAUAAAUAUGUUUACUUAUACUAAUCAGAAGGCAGCUGAAUUGAGAGUAUCAGACACUCUAGAGUUACUAAAUCAGAAAAUAAACGUCAUAAGCACUAAGAUUGAAAAUAUAAAGAAGCCUACAUUUGCAGAAGCUGCAGCACUUUGCCCUAAGACGAUAGGCAUACCUUUGGGAAAUGGGAAAAAAUUUACUCCAUCAUCUAAUAAUAUAGUUUUAAUUUAUCCAAAAGAAGGAAAUAAUGUUAUUAAAUCCAGCAUAUGA